CGUCUUUGCGCCUUCCUUUGUCUAGUCUCGUUAUCUGGAUGCGGACGGAAUAAUUAUUUAUUUCUUGUUAUUUGAUUUUGUUGGCCAGAGGAUAUUUUUUAUAUCCAUUAUUUCUACGGCUGUUGAAUGACAUUCGAGCCUGAUACAUAUAUGCCUAAGAGCAAAGCGCCAAAAAUGGAUGAUCUGGACUACAUCCCCGUGGACCUGAGUCCGGAGGAGCGCUCUGAACUGGAGGACAUCCGGCGGAGGAAAGGAGCCCUUCUGAUGGAGAUCCAGAGGCUGCGGGAGGAGCUGAGAGAGGCCAUCAUGGAAGUUGAGGGCCUUGAAUCCAGCACGGAGGGCAGUAAAACCUUACAGAAGAAUAGGCAUGUUGCCAUGGGAAGGAAGAAGUUCAACAUGGACCCUAAGAAGGGUAUCGUGUUCUUGGUGGAAAACGAUCUUCUCCGGCACACGCCUGAGGACAUUGCCCAGUUCCUGUACAAGGGAGAGGGGCUGAACAAAACAGCCAUUGGAGAUUACCUGGGCGAGAGAGACGACUUCAACAUCAAAGUCCUCCAAGCAUUUGUUGACCUUCAUGAGUUCACAGACCUCAACCUGGUACAGGCUCUCAGGCAGUUCCUGUGGAGUUUCCGUCUGCCAGGAGAAGCUCAGAAGAUUGACAGGAUGAUGGAGGCCUUUGCUCAGAGAUACUGUCAUUGUAAUCCUGGAGUCUUCCAAAGCACAGACACAUGCUAUGUGCUUUCAUUUGCGAUCAUCAUGCUGAACACUAGUCUUCACAAUCCUAAUGUGAGAGACAAGCCCGGUGUGGACAGGUUCAUCUCCAUGAAUCGAGGGAUCAAUGAUGGAGGCGACCUCCCAGAAGAGCUGCUGAGAAAUCUUUAUGAGAGCAUCAAGAACGAGCCUUUCAAGAUUCCUGAAGACGAUGGAAACGAUCUGACGCAUACCUUCUUCAACCCUGACAGAGAGGGUUGGCUCCUCAAAUUGGGAGGACGGGUGAAAACCUGGAAAAGGCGAUGGUUCAUUCUGACGGACAACUGCCUUUAUUACUUUGAAUACACUACGGAUAAGGAACCCAGGGGGAUCAUUCCGCUGGAAAACCUGAGCAUCCGUGAGGUGGAGGAUCCCAGGAAGCCUAAUUGCUUCGAACUCUAUAUCCCCAACAACCGCGGACAGCUGAUCAAAGCCUGCAAGACAGAGGCGGACGGCCGUGUGGUGGAAGGGAAUCACAUGGUGUACCGCAUCUCGGCGCCGACCCCCGAGGAGAAGGACGAGUGGAUACACAGCAUCACUGCUGCUGUGAGUGUGGACCCUUUCUACGAGAUGCUGGCAGCGAGAAAGAAACGGAUCUCUUUAAAGAAGACAGAAGAGCAGCCGUAAAUCCAGCCUGUGGUCUCACACACGCCCAUCCCUCCUCGCAGAGUGGGACAAAGGACUUGUCCUCCUCGUCUCCUCCCCUGAAAUCACAUGCCGUCCAUUCCUUGCUCUCUACACUAGUUGCCCAUUUUGAUCCUCAUCAAGGGAUUUUGGGACCCCUGGUUUAAUUGAUCUGCAUCAGUUCUCGGGCAAUCAGCGCUGUUGCCCUCGGGGACAACCACUAUACAACACUGCUCCCAUAAAGACACUAUAAAGCACCCAUUUAAAUUCCUCAGCUUAUAAGCCCUCAUGCCUAAUGUCUACAGCCUCGCCGUAGGAAUAACACUAAAUCAUUAUGGGGAAGAAGAAAAAUCAAUGCUAUAUUUGACCUUUGUUUUUUUUCCCCGAUAUACAAACAUGGUUGGCGUGACAUAGUUUAUCCGUAUCUAAACUAAAGUGAAAAACGCUUCAGUAAUAUAGCGAGUCAAGAUUUUGUUGUUUAUUCAGCAGACUGGAAAAGGGAGACUUUGUCGUAUAUUAGUUUGUUUACAUACACUAGAGCCACUUGGUUGUGAAUGUAUAACUCUGCCGUGUGCUUAGUUAGUAUUUUGCCCGAAGAUCACGUCUACACUACGUUUGCCCAUUUGGCUGCACGUUGGAACCGUGGGCUUUUUGGUCUGGAUCUCGGAGCAUGUUUAGGGGCAGAUUGAUCUAUCCGGAGCGCAGAAGAAAUGUGCGUGGCAGCUCAGUAUUAUGUGUUUUUUUUUGUUGUAAAUACAUUGUUUUUAUUUCAACAAUUAUAGAAAGGUUUAACUUAUUGUUUUAUUUUUUUCCAUUUCUUGUUUUUGGUCUGCAUAUGUAAACAAGAUUUGAAACGACUUCCAAUGGAAAGAGUGUGAGAGCUGUUUAGAUGUUUAUUGAGUGCAAAAGGAUCACUCUUGUUCUUCCUUUCCUCUUCAUUCUUCCGCCAGGACUUGGAGCUCCCUUAUUUCCUGAUCUCUAACAUCCUCUGAUGGCCCUGCUCUCGGUUAUGCACUUGCCGCCGUCACUUAGAGCUGUAAUCUUCCCAAGCAGUUUCUGCAAUGCAAGUUUUUGGUGUUUAUUAGUGCAAAUACUGCAGCCUUUUUGAAGGGAUCUCUUAUGCUUGCAUAGGUUAUGAAUAUAUGUAAUAAAAAGUUAAUCUGGAAAAGCAGUAUCUCAUCCUUUUAACUGUUGAUUUAGGGCAGGGUGGUGAUCGUUUCUUUGAUAAUUGUGGGUGACUUGUCUUGGGAUGUUUUGCCUACUUUUUCCAGUGGCGCAUUGCACCCGCCCUUUCGGCUCUUUGAGCAACAAAUAAAGACACUCGCAUGGGCUCAUAUUGCCUUUAACCUGGAUGAGAAAGAUCCAUAAUGCUCCCGAAAGUCCUCCGAUUUAAUCUCUUCUGCACUCAGGGUUUUAUCAGCGUGGCACCCAGUUCCUGUGCUUUUGUGCCGUUUCUAGACUGUUCACAAAACAUCCAGCUGACACGGUAUUGAAAAAAUAAUAUACAUGUGAAUGAUGUUUCGUCGGAGGUGCAGGCAUGAAGAUGUACUGGGUUUGGGUCCACAUGCUGUCGCUUAGUAAGGUGCGCAAAAGAGACUCGGGACACGUGUGGGAGAUCGGGGAGCCCCCGGCAUGACUGGCUUGGUGCGCAGAGCAGCUCAAGUCAUGCACAAACCUGGAUAUUUAAAAUGAGGUAACAAAGUUAAAU